UGUAAACUUCCACCUGGAGGGCCUCUAGCCGUGCGCACUGGGUGUUUCAGCUGCCGCGGGUGCGUUAGUCGAAACCUGGGGAGAAGUUGGUGCUAGCCCGGGUGUCUGUACGGACUUUCCCAAGAGGAAGUCAAAUAUUGAACCCUAGAAUGAAGAUUCUCAGAAAGCAAGAAGACACAGUCCUGGGCUUGGAAUCGGCUGUGAUUUCAGAGACAGGUUCCAGCCUCCCUGUCUCAUCUGGUCAUGUGUGUGAGGUCGGAGCUGAUGUGGCCCUGGAGGGAACUUCUCCGUCUCUCUGUGCUCUAAGAAAGGCCUGAAGAAGGUCUCAUGAUUUCCUUCUUCCCCAGUCCUGCCUUUCUCCCCCAAGAAGUAUCCUGAGCAGGAGGGGAAAAUUGUUGUUGCACAUCUAAAAGUACAGAUCAGUCCUGGCUUCUCUGGACUCUGUGCUUUUCGAGCGGAGGAAGCCCAAAGAGGAGAACAAGUUCUUGCAGUUCUACAACCAUGGCCCAUAUGUCCUUGUCAUUCAGGGACGUGGCCAUAGACCUCUCCCAGGAGGAAUGGGAGUGCCUGGACGCUGUUCAGAGGGCCUUGUACAGGGAUGUGAUGUUGGAGAACUACAGCAACUUGGUCUCAUUGGGAUGUUCCUCUCCUAAGCCAGACGUGAUUACUUUGUUGGAGCAAGAGAAAGAGCCCUGGACGGUAAUGAGAGAAGGAACAAGAAGCUGGUACACAGAUUUGGAGUCUAAGUAUGUCACCAAGAAGUUAUUUCCGGAAAAGGAUAUUUGUGAAAUAUAUCUGUUUCAGUUGCAGAGAGUGGACAAAAGUAAAACUUACAUCUGUGAGGAUACCAUUUUCAGAAAUGAUUUGCAGUAUAAACAUGAAUUUGAGAGACAAGAAGGACAUCAAAUGAGAUGUGGUAGUCAAGUGAUAAUCCAAAAACAUAUACCUCUUCUUCUGCAUCAGAAAAUUCAUGCUAGAGAGAAAUCAUACGAAUGUAAGGAAUGUAAGAAGGCUUUUAGACAACAGUCAUACCUUAUUCAACAUCUGAGAAUUCAUACUGGUGAGAGACCCUAUAAAUGUAAGGAAUGUGGGAAAGCCUUUUGUCGUGUAGGGGACCUUAGAGUACAUCAGACAAUUCAUGGUGGGGAGAGACCCUAUGAAUGUAACAAUUGUGGAAAGACCUUUAGGCUUCAUUAUCAUCUUACUGAACAUCAGAGAAUACAUUCUGGUGUGAAACCCUAUGAGUGUAAUGAAUGUGGGAAGGCCUUUAGUCGUGUUCGAGACCUUAGAGUACAUCAGACAAUUCAUGCUGGGGAGAGACCUUAUGAAUGUAAAGAAUGUGGGAAGGCCUUUAGACUUCACUAUCAGCUCACUGAACAUCAAAGAAUUCAUACUGGUGAGAGGCCUUAUGAAUGUAAGAUUUGUGGAAAGACCUUUAGGGUACAACGACAUAUUAGUCAACAUCAGAAAAUUCAUACUGGUGUAAAACCCUAUAAAUGUAAUGACUGUGGGAAGGCCUUCAGUCAUGGCUCAUACCUAGUUCAACAUCAGAAAAUUCACACUGGUGACAAACCCUAUGUAUGUAAAGAAUGUGGUAAGUCCUUUAGUUUUCAUGCAGAACUUACUCGACAUCAUAGAAUUCAUACUGGUGAGAAACCCUAUGAAUGUAAAGAAUGUAGAAAAGCCUUUCGUCUCCAAACAGAACUUACUAGGCAUUGUAGAAUUCAUACUGGAGAGAAACCCUAUGAAUGUAAAGAAUGUGGGAAGGCCUUUAUUUGCGGCUAUCAACUUACUUUACAUCUGAGGGUUCAUACUGGUGAGAUUCCCUAUGAAUGUAAGGAAUGUGGGAAAACCUUCAGUAGUCGCUAUCAUCUUACUCAACAUUACAGAAUUCAUACUGGUGAGAAACCCUAUGGAUGUAAAGAAUGUGGGAAGGCCUUUCGUCUUCAAGCAGAACUUACCAAACAUCACAGAAUUCAUACUUGUGAAAAGCCCUAUGAAUGUAAGGAAUGUGGGAAGGCCUUUAUUCGUAGCAAUCAACUUAUUUCACACCAGCGAAUUCACACCAAUGAGAAUACCUAUGAGUGCAAGGAAUGUGGGAAGAUUUUUAGUCGUCGCUACAAUCUUACUCAACAUUAUAAAAUUCAUACUGGUGAAAAACCCUAUGUAUGUAAAGAAUGUGGAAAGGCCUUUCGCUUUCAGACAGAACUUACUCAGCAUCACAGAAUUCAUACUGGUGAAAAACCCUAUAAAUGUAAGGAAUGUGGGAAAGCCUUUAUUCGUAGCAAUCAUCUUACUCAACAUCACAGAAUUCAUACUGGUGAGAAACCCUACAAAUGUAAAGAAUGUGGAAAGACCUUUAGUCGGCACUAUCAUCUUACUCAACAUCACAGAAUCCACACUGGUGAGAAACCCUACAUAUGUAAUGAAUGUGGGGAUGCUUUUAUUUGUAGUUAUCAACUUACCUUACAUCAAAGAAUUCACACUGGUGAGAUUCCGUAUGAAUGUAAGGAAUGUGGAAAGACCUUUAGUCGCCGAUAUCAUCUUACUCAACAUUUUAGACUUCAUACAGGUGAGAAGCCUUAUGGGUGUAAAGAAUGUGGGGAUGCCUUUCGUCUUCAAGCAGAACUUACUCGACAUCACACAAUUCAUACUGGCGAGAAACCCUAUAAAUGUAAAGAAUGUGGGAAGGCCUUUAGUGUUAAGUCAGAACUUACACGACAUCACAGAAUUCAUACUGGUGAGAAACCCUAUAAAUGUAAAGAAUGUGGGAAAGCCUUUAUUCGUAGUGAUCAACUCACUUUACAUCAGAGAAAUCAUAUUAGUGAGGAACCCCCAUUCAUAAUGUAAAGAUACAGUGGCCUUUAGAAAAUGCCUUUUAUAACAACAGAAUUCAUAAUUGAUUUAAGAAAGUUUUUACUUGUUAGGGAACAUAUAGGAAUCCCUUUUGCUUCGUGCUCAAAACUUAACAGCAGUAGUUUUAUACUAUAUAUAUUGAUUUAAAGAGUUGAAAAAUUACAGCAUCACCCAGCCUUGGUUAACUUUAGAGAAUGAUACUGCUGCAGUACAUCUCAAACCAAGAUAAAGGGUACCCCUUCCCCCCUCAAAAUUGUUGUUGACCAAUACUUUUACAAGAUACAAUGAAACUGGAUUACCAGAUACAUGAAACUGAAAGAAAAACAAACAUACAAAAUGAAAACCCCCAAUUUUUUAUUAUUGGACUUAACAGACAUAAAUUAGCUCUGUCAUUUUUCUGUAAAUGUCUCUAAAUGUUUGCUCUCGGUGUCUGUACCUUAAAUCAUUGCAGACCAGAAGCAAACAACCUGUGGACCAGCAUCAGUACAUGGACCACACUUUAUGUGGCAUUGUAACAAAAUAAUUCUGUUAAUGUAACAGAUGUGGGAAAAGACUUCAGCCAUAGCAAAUCUUUACUAUAGUUCUCAUAAUUCCACCCCUGCCUGUGUGGUAUUGGCAAGACACUACUCCCCUCUGUGCUUUAUUUUAUUCUAUUUUACUUAAUUUCUUUUGUGCCUCAGUUUUAAAGUGGUGAUUAUAGUACCUACCUAAUAGUACUUUUGUAAGGAUGAAAUGUUAAUAAAAAACAAAACCUUUAGAAGAGGACUGUUCAAUAAAUAUUAUUUUAUUAUUAGUGAUAUUAGUAAGUUCAUGUGAGAGGAAGACCCUGUGAAUAUAAAGAAUUUGUAAAAACUGUCCACUACCUUUCAUUUUGUUUACUUAAAUUAAUAAUUAAUUAUGGAUAAAGUUUAGUAAAAUAAACUUUCACUUCUAAAAUUCAGAAGUCAUUUCUGAAAACUAACGUGAGAAAGGAAUCUCUAGAGUUGAUGGAUAUGGAGAUUAUGAGAGAAAGCUUUUGAAGAAUCAGGGAGAUCUGUAAAGCUUUUUCUUUUAUAAUCCACAAAGCAGACGUGUUACAGUCUUCUUUUUCUGCCCCAAAUUCAUGAUAAAUGAGAAACUAACAAUGAAAAGGCCACUGUCCAUUUGGAAAAAAAUAAUAGUACAGGGAACACUUGUAUGCCCUCUCUAGAUUCAGUGAUUGUUAAAACGUUGUCAUAUUUGGUUUGCUUCUGUAUAAUUUUUGACAUUUUUUGCUGUGUUAUUUAAGUAUAAAUAUAGACAUUAUAACAUUUCA